CUCGGCAAUUGCUCUUGGGAACCAACAACAACUCUGUGUGUGUGUGGUGUUAAGGCAGCGACAGGAACGCUCGCAGGUUUUGGAUUAAACGCUCCGAUACAAACUGCUGCACCAUUCCUGGUGAGGGUGUCUGCUGAUCGGUGGCAGGUUGAUGCUUCUGUCCCGCCCAUGUUGGUCACCUUGAGCAUCCUGUGCGGAAAACACCAGAGUGGAUGUCUUGAACCAUGAAUGUCUUGGGAUCUCCAUCAAGGCAAUCCAAUGGAGUGGCUAGAUCAGACAGCAAGAUCAGCGCCAAAGCACUCUUUGAGCAAAGGAAAAAAUAUUCCAACUCCAAUUUUAUUAUGCAUGAGACAUCACAGUAUCAUGUUGAGCAUCUGUCAACCUUCAUCAUGGACAAGACCGAAGCCAUCGUCACUGUGGACGACGCCAUCAAGAAACUUGUCCUUCUUGAUUCAAAAGACAAAAUCUGGACCCAGGAAAUGCUCCUGCAGGUCACUGAUAAGGCAGUCAGGCUGCUGGACUGUGACACACAGGAGGAGCUGGAAAACUUCCCUCUUACUACAAUCCAAAUGUGUCAGGCCGUACUGAAUCAGACACGAUACCCCUCCGUGCUGCUACUCGUGUGUCAGGACAAUGAGCAGCACAAACCUGACAUCCACUUCUUCCACUGUGACGAGGUGGAGGCUGACUUGGUUCACGCAGAUAUAGACAGUGCCCUCGGAGACAACAAAUAUGGCAAGAAAAUGAGGCUGCAGACACUCAAAAUUAACCAGGAGAAAAUGAAGUAUCACAGAGAGACAAUCCUUCCCCAGUCGCCCCAUAAGGGCCCCUCUCUUGCUAAGGGACGCGUUGCUGCACCAAACCCACAAGACAGACGAAGCUCUGGACACAAUGACCCAGAGACGCAUGAAAGGUUGGCCCAGCGCAUUGAGAAGGAUGUGCAAAUCCUCAACUGUGCACUGGACGAUAUUGAGAUUUUUGUGGCGCGGGUGCAAAAGGCAGCUGAAGCCUUUUCCCAGCUCAACCAGCGCAACAAGAGUAAGAAGAAUAAGAAGAAAGGACCAGCAGAGGGCAUGUUGACCCUGCGAGCCAAGCCCCCCUCUGAGGAAGAGUUCAUCGAUAGCCUGCAGAAACUCAAGCUAGCCUUCAACCUCUUGGCCAAACUGAAGAAACACAUCCAGAAUCCAAGCGCAUCAGAGUUGGUGCAUUUCCUCUUUGGCCCUUUGGAACUGGUGCUGCAAAGUUGUGGGAGUCCUGAGCUGGCACGUUCUAUUAUCGCUCCCCACCUCUCCAAAGAUGCUGUUGACUUCUUGCGGGGUCACCUGACCCCUAAAGAGACCACCAUCUUUGAGCUUCUUGGGGAAGGCUGGACCAAACCGAGAGCUGAGUGGCCGAGGGAUCAGUGUGCUCCUCCUUACUAUCCCAAGUUCCGCAAUGGCUGGGAACCUCCAGCAGAGCUCUUCAAGACAGUCCCGUGGGAAACAGAGGGUCCCAAUGGGCCUCUGGGUUCCCCCAUCAGCCCUGAUUACAGGAAGCACUCAGCUGAGGAUUUUUAUGGAACGCAUUCCUCAAACUCAUCCAAUGGGUCCUACAAUGGGAUGCCCCCCACCCGCAAAUAUGCCAAAAUCCGCUACCACUUUGUAGCGCGGAAUGCCAACGAGCUGUCAGUACUGCAGGAUGAAAUUCUAGAGGUGAUAGAGGACGACAAACAGUGGUGGAAACUACGGAAUCGUAGCGGCCAAGCGGGCUACGUCCCUUAUAACAUCCUGGAUGUGGUCAAGAUAGAAGAGCCUGAUGGAAUGUACAGCCAGCAUGGCUAUGGUGCAUCAUCCCCUGGUUCCCUGAGCCCAAGUGACAGCUUCAGCAAAGGUCGACACAAAGACAAAUGUGAGGAAUCUCCCAAAAUUACAUUUUACUUGAACCAACAGACGCUCAUGUCUUCGUAUGUGUCCCGACAUGUUUCAGUGAUGGAUGAGGUCAACAAUGAGCUUCUCAUGAUGAUCACCGCUAACAAAAGCCAGCCGCCCACCAGAAAGUUUCGUGUGGAGCGAGCAGCCGCCAGUCAAGUGCCACUCUCCUACAACUCCAGCCCGGAACAAGUGAAGACUUGGCUCAGCGCAAAGGGAUUUUCUCAGCCGACAGUGGAAUGUUUGGGCAUCCUGACUGGAGCUCAGCUCUUCUCUCUCAACAAAGAUGAGCUGAAGGCGGUGUGUGGAGACGAAGGUGGUCGUGUCUACUGUCAGAUAACUGUGCAGAAGACACAAAUAGAGAAGUCGAAUGGGGACUCUGAGCUUCAGGAGAUCAUGAAGCGCAGACAGGAGCGUAUUGACUCGGGCAGCACAGACUGAAACUUCACAACAUCACUCCUUACAAUUUCAUAAUCAAUCUGCUGUUCAUUAGGACCUACGUAACAGAGCAUAUUCACAUGUUGUACACAUUUUAAUUGUAUAUUUAUUUUCUAUCUCCCAUGUAUACAGAUAAAUUUGUUGUCCCUAAUGUUCCAAUUUGUGUGGACAAACAAAUGUCUUAUGUACAGUUUAGUUUAGUGUGUGUGUGUGUGUGUGUGUGUGUGUGUGUGGGACAUGCAUGUGCAGUACAGUACGUGAUUGUAGAGUCAUUGUGGUCUGUGUUGAUGUUUUUUGUCAAUACUGGUAAUGGUAUAGAUUAUUUUGAACAUGCAAACAAUUUACAUAGCAGUGCAUCAUGUUUACACUUGCACAAUUCAACAUGUCCAACAAGUCAUAUUGCAGCUGUGAAGCGAAUGAGAAGAUUGUUCCAUAAUUUGUGCCAGGAUGUUUGAUAUUUUCUGCUAUGUAGCCAAUGAUUUGAAUAUUAGUGUUUACAGUGGGAAUACAUGACACACCCCUAACGGAAAUAUUAACGAUUAUUAUCGUCCCUUUUGAUGGCCUGACUUUGUCAGUUUUGACUAAGGAUGUAUUAAGCCGAUGUUGCCCGAGUGUUGCCGAGUGGACCGGAAGGGUCGGUAGUACCGGAGAGGAUUUGUUUUUUGUGAAAGUUAAAAUACAGGAAAUGACCAUAAUAAAGUGGGAGGAAACUGGGAAAGAAGGACACAAUAUGAAUUUCCUGGGGUAAACGCGAGGGUUGACAAGUAUGACCCAGGUUCAAGUACAUCUUCACACAAUUAUGUCCUCAGAGAAAUGUACAAUCAUUCCGAAUGCAGUGUAAAUUAUAGUCAAAUGCUGGUUGUUGUCUUUGCUGUGUUGUAUUGUCCAGGGAACCACACAGACGGCAAUAUGAAAAUACAUUUUAACAAGGCUACAUUAUUCUGGCAUAUUAGUUGAUGAAAUCAAAUGGACUGUAAAUAUGUUGCAAAACAAUCUGAUUAAAAGUUGGUAAAUGCGUGACACCGAA